GGAGGACCCUUAUUGUCAAGUCCUCCAUCUCUGUACACACUCUUUCUCUAUCUCUCUAAAAACCACGUUUUCAUCAUUUAUGUAUCAUAUCAUAUGGAAAAUCUCAAUUCCUUUUUACAUCAGAAGGAGUUACUGUACCGUGUAAAUUUGUUUGAUUUUGUAUGAUUGUCCAUAAAGUUUUGUGAAUGAUUUCAUUUUUUUGAUCUCAAAAUUUUGAUCCAAGUUAAGGGUUUUUUUAAUUUUUUUCGAUAUGAGCCCUGAAGUUUGGAGAUGGGGUUUAGGGAUUACAUAUAUAAUUGCAGUUGCAACAAUUUGGAUAGCUGCAAGCUUUGUUGUUCAGUCUGUUGUUGAUUCAGGUGUUUCCCCCUUCUUAAUCACAUAUAUUUGCAAUUCAUUGUUUGUUGUUUACAUCCCAAUUGUUGAAAUUUCACGUUAUUUCGAAGAUUCAGUUGUCAAUUUUAGGUUUUGGGGUAGUAAUAGUAGUAGUAUUAAAAAGGAUGUAGAGAUAUUGGGGGAAUCUGAACAAGUAGUUCUUCUUGGGGAGACUAGUUCAUCUAAUCAAUCCAUUGAACAUGAAGAGAACCCUGAAAAUUUAGGGUCUGAAACGGCAUUGUCUGUUGAAGCUAGUGUUAGUAUUCCAGCAUCACCAGGGAUACCUAAUGUGUUUGAAAUUGAUAAUCAACAACUUGAUGAGAAGAGGCGUUGGACGCGUUGGCGAAUGGCGAGGGUCAGCCUCCUGAUCUGCCCUUUCUGGUUUCUUGCCCAACUUGCUUUUAAUUUGUCUCUCAAGUACACUACGGUGACGUCGAAUACAAUCCUAAGCAGUGCGUCUAGCUUAUUCACCUUUCUUGUGGCGCUAUUGUUUCUAGGGGAGAAGUUUGCAUGGGUUAAGCUAAUCAGUGUGCUGUUAUGCAUGGCUGGGACUAUAAUUGUCAGCCUAGGUGAUUCGCAGUCUGGAUUAAGUGGGAUUGCUUCAAGGCCACUUCUUGGAGACCUUCUAGCUCUUGUUUCUUCCGGUUUCUAUGCUGUGUAUAUCACACUUAUUCGUAAACAAUUGCCUGAUGAAGAUGAUGACAAAAGUGGACGUGCUAGUAUGGCACAGUUUCUUGGUUAUCUUGGGUUGUUCAACCUCCUGCUUUUUCUGCCUGUUGCUCUUUUGCUGAAUUUCACGAAGUUGGAACCUUUUCAUUCCCUCAGCUGGCAACAAGUUGGUCUGAUUGUCGGCAAAGGUCUUCUAGAUAAUGUGCUGAGUGAUUACUUGUGGGCGAAGGCUGUUCUUCUUACAACUACCACUGUGGCCACAGCUGGAUUGACGAUUCAGGUUCCUCUGGCUGCUAUAGUGGAUUCGAUGACGGGAAAUGCUCCUCAUCUCUUGGAUUACCUUGGAGCAGCUGCUGUCAUGGUAGGAUUUGCUGGCAUUAACGUUCCUUCUGAUACUUGUUUUGGCUCGAGGGCUGAGGUAAAGGUGGAAAACGACGAGGAAGAUGUUACUGCAGGUGCAUUCAAGUAAGGAAAUACAAAGUAGGAAGCGACUACAAAUUAAGAUGUCUUUGAACAGCUAAAGAUGUCUGCAGACUGACUUGGAUUUAUCCUGAAAUAUUCUUAAACAUCUCUCUUUCCAUAUCAACCAACAUUUUGUUGUCAAUAUCUCAACCAUUUUUUCAUUAGCUGAACCUGCAAUCCACUUAGAGAAACUCCAUAAAGGAAGACUCGGACAAUUAAUCAAAUUUCAGACCUGCUAACCUAGCAUUUGUGCAUUCAAAGAAAAGGUGUCUUGGAGAUACACUAGGGUGAUCACAUAAAAUACAGUGUUUUUCAUUGUCAGCAGUAAUGUAUUCAAGGGUUUUCCUGGCUGGGAGAACAUGAUGCAUUUGCAGAGAGAUUUUGAUUCUCUGAGAAACAUUCAUCUUCCAUAAAGAGCUGUGGGAUUUAAAGGAUUCAUAGCAACAAGGUUGUUCAAUUUUUCAUAAAGGGAUUUUACAAUAAAGAUCUCAUUGUUUGUUAACAACCAUCUUAAUCUGUCCUGCUUCAGAGAACAAAAUUUAUUAAUGAAAAUUUUGAGAUCUAAGAUUUUA